CCCAAGUGGGCUAAUCGCCCUUAUACUGUCCACACUGGGUGAAACCAUGCGUGAAACGGAGUAAGGACGAAACACUGGAUCAUGUGUCUGUCUGUCUAAUAUUCAACUUAAAACUAACUUCACCGCUUUUUAAUACCAGCACAGCUGAACCAGCUCAGUCUUAUAGCAACGAAUCUUUAUCAAAAUAAGAUGAAAAGUUUGUUUUUGUUGCUUCUCUUCUGUCACGUUUCACCAGCAGUGAAACACUCCCUGAAGUAUUUCGUAGCUGCAUUUUCUGGAGUCUCAGACUUCCCAGAGUUCAUGGGAGCUGCAGUGUUUGAUGGUAUUCUGCUGGCUUACUGCGACAGCAACACCAGGAAAGUAGAAGCAAAACAGGACUGGGUGGAAAACAUUUUACAAAAUGAUCCUCAGCAGUUACAGUAUUACACUCAUGAGUGUUUUGAGUAUCUGCCAAAUGUCUUCAAACCGAGGAUAUUUUUUUUUAAGCAGCACUUCAACCAAAGUGGAGGUGUCCAUGUUUUACAGUGGAUGAGUGGCUGUGAGUGGGAUGAGGAGACAGGAGAGUUUAAUGGUUUUAGUCAGUAUGGUUAUGAUGGAGAGGACUUCAUGGCAUUUGACCUGAAGACAUCGACAUGGAUCACUUUGAAACCACAAGCUGUCACCAUCAAAGAGAAAUGGAAUGCUGACAAACCUAGAGCAAAAAAUAAUGAGGUUUACCUCACUCAGCUUUGUCCUGAGUGGCUGAAGAAGUAUUUGGACUAUGGAAACAGCUCUCUGCAGAGAACAGGUAGAAUCACAUGACCUGAUUUGGUUUCAUGGACACAACAAUAUUCAUAUCCCUGCUCAGACUGACUUGCCGUUGUAUUAUCACUCUGAUCAAUCUGACACUACCUUAUUUUGGUGUCAAUAAUCAAUCAAUCAACAUUUAUUUAUAUAGCACUUUACAGCAACCAAUAGGUGUCCAAAGUGCUUUACAUCAACCAAGAAUAAACAACACAGCAUUCAAUAAAAGACAAGACAGAACAUGUGAAGCAUAGAAAACAGUAAGCCAGAUAAGGUUGCCUAAAAUCAUCAGAAGAAGAGGGAGGUUGUUGGACCACUACUGCGUAUUAAAAGCCAUUCUAAAUAAAUAAGUUUUGAUUUAAAAUGAACAUCCGUUAUAGUGCGAAUGUCAGGGGGGAGCUUGUUCCAGACUUUGGGGCCAGCAACAGCGAAGGCCUGAUCUGUUUGUACCACUGUUUGUACCUGGACCUCGGGACUUCUAAAGUCCCUAGAUCUGAAGACCGCAACAGACGAUUUUCUCAAAGCUGAUACUGUGAGAGUUAGUGCACAGUUAGUAUAAGUAAGUUUAUACAGAUUAAGUUUUUCACUGUUUCACUGAACAGUGAAUUCAAUUAAAACAUUGAAACUGAUUGACUUUGCUGUUUGCUGUGAACCGUAAGAAAACAGGCAGAUCCUUCUUCUCUGACUGCAGUGAGUUUCUUUAGUGGUGGUGUCACUACCUUCUCUGUCUCUAUACAAUGUGGAAGUUGUAUAACAAAGGCAUUGUUAUGUAGUUCUGUCUUAUGCUAUCGAUCAUGAGAAGG